UUCCUUUUCUUUUCUUUUCAUUUUCCUCUGUUUUAUCUAUUUUUGCAUGGCAGAGCAAAUUGAUGAUCCCUCAAUUCAAGCAUGGCCCCUAAUUAUAGGUUUCUUUAGGUCAUUUCCAUGGUUGGCACUUCCAUUUCUCAUCAUUCCUUCCUUCUCUCUUUCUCUCCUUCUUCUCUCUUUUCUGUGACCCUCUUUUCUGCAGCAUGAAGAAUGUCUGUUGGCCCUACUUUGAUCCUGAAUUUGAUACCCUUCCUGAGAGGAUCAAUGGCCCAACGUAAGUGCUUUACCUCCACAACUUAAUCCCCUCCUCCAUCCAAAUCAAUCCUAAUUCUUCUUCUUCUUCUUCUUCCUUCUGUAGUUGCAGGGUCUGUAUUGACAAUGAAAGCAUGGAGGAUUGCACCAUUGUCAAGGUGGAUAGCUUGAACAAACAAGGUCUCCUUCUUGAGGUGGUUCAGAUUUUGACGGAUUUGAACCUUUCUAUCUCUAAAAGCUACAUUUCUUGUGAUGCAGGCUGGUUCAUGGAUGGUAAAUUCUUGUUCUUUUCUCUUUCUUUCUAUGAAUCUGAACAAAUGUUUCCCAUUUCUUCUCAUGGGGUUCUUUUUUUUUUUUUUUGUUUUUUCCUUGUUGCAGUUUUUCAUGUGAAAGAUGAGAACAGCCACAAACUUACCGAUCAGAAAGUCAUCAACUCGAUCCAGCAGGCCAUUGGUACAACUAAGGGACCUGACAACUCGGCCAAGACCAGAAGCUAUGCCGACAGCCUUCUGAAAUCUGAUAACUCCGGCGAGCAUACAGCCAUCGAAAUGACUGGCACCGACCGGCCCGGUCUCUUUUCCGAGAUAUCUGCCGCAUUGGCUGAUCUUCAUUGCAACGUUGUGGAGGCUCAUGCUUGGAGCCACAAUGCUCGUUUGGCCUGCAUUGCUUACAUUUCAGACCAGUCUACAGACAGUCCCAUCGAAGAUCCUCACCGGCUCGCCACCAUUGAAGAGCAUCUCUCCACUGUCCUUAGGGCGGCCACUGCCCCUCUGAUCACCAGUUGGGCGCACACACUGCAACAAGAAGUGAAAACAUCAGCCACCAUAACAACCAAUGUUGAGAGGCGGCUUCACCAGCUCUUGCUCUCGGUUAAGGAUUAUGAUUGGACCUCUGAAUCCAUUUCAAAGAGACGGAAAAGCAAUGAAGAGUGGAGGAAGAUAACGGUGAGGAUUGAAAGCUGUGAUCAGAAAGGAUAUUCCAUUGUCAGCAUUGAGUGUAAGGAUCGGCCAAGGCUUAUGUUUGACACAGUUUGUACUCUUACUGAUAUGCAAUAUGUAAUUUUCCAUGCUUCCAUUAGCUCCAAAGGAGAUAAUGCUUUUCAGGAGUAUUUUAUCAGACACGUGAAUGGCUACGCCUUGAAUUCAGAGAAUGACAAGCAAAGGGUGGUAAAGUGCUUAGAGGCAGCUAUUGAGCGUCGAGUUUGUGAGGGAGUGAGGCUGGAGUUAUGUGCAAACAACAGGGUGGGAUUGCUAUCAGACAUAACAAGGGUCCUGCGGGAAAAUGGGCUGAAUGUGGUGAGAGCAGACAUAGCAACACAAGGAGAGAAGGCAAUUAAUGCAUUCUACGUCAAAGACAUUUCAGGCAAAGAUGUAGACAUGGAGAUGGUGGAAUCCAUGAAGAAGGAAAUUGGCUCUAUUGUCCUUCGAGUCAAGAACGAGACAAGCCCUCCAUCCACGCCUCAAAUUACCAGGUCUCGUUUCUCCUUCAGCGACAUGCUCAAGUCUCAGAUUGAGCGCCUCUCUCACAACUUCAUUGCCAUCAGGCACUGAUUCUGUCUUUCCCCUGGCAACAAGUCAAAGGGAUUACCGCAGAAAAAUGAAGAAAAAGUAAAAGAUGACUGUUAGAUGUUUAUAUGUGUAUGGUAUUGACAUAGAGUUGUCUGUAAAUAGUAUGGGGUUUGGCAAAAUGUGAUGUGGCAGAUGUUAGAUGCAACUGUACUGUGGAGUAGAGAUUUUCAUACACAUUCAUAUUAAUGAUGCAAAGAAAUGACUGUAUAGCAUUGUGAUUUGUUGAAUGGAAUUGACGGCUUCCAUGAGCCUAAACCUUUG